GAGGGAAACAAAAUGGCUGCCAAAACUCACCAAGAAAUCGAGCGGCAGGUGGCAGCCCUACAAGAAAAGAGAGCUAACCUGAAAGCACCACCAGGUGGAGCUGGCGAUGAUGAAGGUACAGAAAAUGGAGGAGAUGCUCGCGUUGGACUAGGAGUAGGUGGAAGGUUUGAUCCAGAUUUGUACAGCACAGCCAGUAGUAAAUAUGAAGGUUACAACACAUCCAUUGGGACCAUGGACGAGGCAGAUGAUGAUGAGGACACGUCUUCCCUACAACAACUGGGGAAAGGAAGGAAUCCUUACACAGCCCCCCUCAACAUACUUAACGAUAUGCAGACAGAUAAGGACUAUGAUCCAUUUGCUGAGCACAGGGUUCCGAAAAUUGCAGAUCGAGAGGACGAGUACAGAGCUAGAAGGCGAAAUAUGAUCAUAUCUCCUGAACGUCACGACCCAUUUGCCAUAGGUGGUAAAACUCCAGAUCCCCGUUCUCAAGUACGUACCUAUGCUGACGUCAUGGCAGAACAACAUCUGUCUAAAGAUCAGAUUGGCCUACGUCAACAGAUGACAGAGAAAGCUAAAGCUGGUGACCUGAAGGCAACCAAUGGUACAGCAGAGGCCCCAAAGAAACGUCGACGUUGGGAUCAAGCAGCAGAUGAUGCAACACCUGUUAAGCAGAAGAAAUCCAGUUGGGAUGCAGCAGAAGGUAGCACAACACCUUCAAACACUAGAUGGGAUGAGACCCCAGGUAGACGCAAGGGAGAUGAGACACCAGGGUCGGGUGCCACCCCCAGUGUUCGCCAGUGGGCUGAGACACCUGGGCAUGCCACCCCUGGGGCAGCUACACCUGGACGAGAUACCCCAGGAAGCAUGACCCCAGGGCACCAGUCUAGCACCCCUAGUGCACGACGUAAUAGAUGGGAUGAAACACCCCAUACUGAAAGAGGUACACCUGGGCAUGGUAGUGGAUGGGCUGAGACCCCACGUACAGACAGAGCAUCUGAGGACUUAAUCCAAGAGACCCCUACCCCAGGGGCAAGUAAACGACGCUCCAGAUGGGACGAGACUCCUCAAGUUGCCACCCCAGGAGGUAUGACACCUUCUAUGACCCCUGGGGGAGCCACUCCCAGUCAAACUCCUGGAGGAUUUACACCUAGUGGUGCCACACCAGGAGGGUUUACUCCUAGUGGUGUGACUCCCUCUGGGGCUAAAGCUAUGGCAAUGGCUACCCCCACACCUGGUCAUCUGAUGUCUAUGACUCCUGAGCAGAUGCAAGCGUACACCUGGCAGAGAGAGAUAGAUGAGAGGAACAGACCACUGGCUGAUGAGGAGUUGGAAGCUAUGUUCCCACCUGGUUACAAGGUGCUUAACCCCCCUGCUGGGUAUAUCCCUAUCCGCACCCCAGCAAGGAAGUUGGUAGCCACCCCCACCCCAAUGGCUGGCACCCCAAUGGGAUUCCGCAUGCAGACACCAGAUAAUAAGGUUCAGAUGGUUGACAUGCAACCCAAGGGCAAUUUGCCAAUGAUGAAACCAGAUGACAUCCAGUACUUUGACAAGCUGCUUGUAGAUGUGGAUGAGGAGACACUAUCACCAGAGGAACAGAAGGAGAGGAAGAUAAUGAAGUUCCUCCUCAAGAUCAAGAAUGGAACGCCUCCCAUGAGAAAAGCUGCCUUGCGACAGAUUACAGACAAAUCUCGUGAGAUUGGAGCAGGUGCAUUGUUCAACCAGAUUCUGCCGCUACUCAUGUCUCCCACACUUGAGGACCAGGAGAGACAUCUAUUGGUGAAGGUUAUAGACAGGAUCCUAUAUAAGCUUGAUGAUCUUGUGCGUCCAUAUGUGCAUAAAAUCUUGGUGGUCAUAGAGCCCCUUUUGAUUGAUGAGGAUUACUAUGCCAGAGUGGAGGGCAGAGAGAUCAUCUCUAACUUGGCUAAGGCUGCAGGUCUAGCCACUAUGAUCUCCACAAUGAGGCCAGAUAUUGACAACAUGGAUGAGUAUGUACGUAAUACAACAGCACGUGCCUUUGCUGUAGUGGCUUCUGCCUUGGGCAUUCCAAGUCUCCUCCCCUUCUUGAAGGCUGUCUGUAGGAGUAAGAAAUCCUGGCAGGCAAGACAUACUGGAAUAAAGAUUGUACAGCAGAUUGCUAUCCUUAUGGGUUGUGCUAUAUUACCACAUUUGAAGAAUUUGGUGGAAAUCAUUGAACAUGGCUUGGUAGAUGAACAGCAGAAAGUUCGAACAAUCACUGCUCUGGCCCUGGCUGCACUUGCUGAGGCUGCUACACCUUAUGGUAUUGAAUCAUUUGACAGUGUUCUGAAGCCCCUAUGGAAAGGUAUCAGGCAGCACAGAGGCAAGGGUCUAGCUGCGUUCUUGAAAGCAAUUGGCUACCUGAUCCCCCUCAUGGAUGCUGAGUAUGCUAAUUACUACACAAGGGAAGUGAUGUUGAUCCUGGUGAGAGAGUUUCAGUCUCCUGAUGAGGAGAUGAAGAAAAUUGUACUAAAGGUAGUCAAGCAGUGUUGUGCUACAGAUGGUGUUGAGCCCCAGUACAUCAAGGAUGAGAUCCUACCUCCAUUCUUUAAACACUUCUGGAAUCAGAGAAUGGCCCUAGACAGACGCAACUAUAGACAGUUGGUGGACACUACAGUUGAGAUUGCCAACAAGGUUGGAGCUGCAGAGAUUGUUGGACGUGUGGUUGAUGACCUGAAGGAUGAAGCUGAGCAGUACCGUAAGAUGGUCAUGGAAACUAUAGAGAAGAUCAUGGCCAACCUGGGAGCAGCAGACAUUGACUCUAGACUAGAGGAACAGCUUAUUGAUGGUAUACUGUAUGCCUUCCAGGAACAGACAACUGAGGAUGUGGUUAUGUUGAAUGGGUUUGGUCAGGUAGUGAACUCUCUCAGUAAGCGAGUAAAGCCCUACCUGCCCCAGAUAUGUGGUACGAUUCUGUGGCGUCUCAACAACAAGUCAGCCAAGGUACGACAGCAGGCAGCAGAUCUCAUCUCCAGGAUUGCUGUUGUCAUGAAGACAUGUCAGGAGGAGAAGCUGAUGGGUCACUUGGGAGUGGUGCUCUAUGAGUAUCUGGGAGAGGAGUACCCAGAGGUCUUAGGUAGCAUCCUUGGUGCACUCAAGGCAAUCGUCAACGUCAUAGGAAUGACUAAGAUGACGCCACCUAUCAAAGAUCUAUUACCACGUCUGACACCUAUUUUGAAGAACAGACACGAGAAAGUCCAAGAGAACUGCAUUGAUCUGGUUGGUAGAAUAGCAGACAGGGGAUCAGAGUUUGUGUCCGCCAGAGAGUGGAUGAGGAUUUGUUUUGAGCUACUUGAACUACUGAAGGCUCACAAGAAGGCUAUCAGGAGGGCUACUGUCAACACAUUUGGUUAUAUUGCCAAGGCAAUUGGUCCACAUGAUGUCUUGGCCACUUUACUAAAUAACUUAAAAGUGCAGGAAAGACAGAACCGUGUGUGUACCACCGUUGCUAUAGCUAUCGUUGCAGAGACGUGCUCUCCAUUCACAGUGCUGCCCGGCCUUAUGAAUGAAUACAGAGUGCCGGAGUUGAAUGUCCAGAAUGGUGUCCUGAAAUCCCUUUCAUUCAUGUUUGAGUAUAUAGGAGAAAUGGGCAAGGAUUAUAUCUAUGCAGUGUCCCCAUUGUUGGAAGAUGCUCUCAUGGAUAGGGACCUUGUUCAUAGACAGACCAGUAUGUCAGCCAUUGGUCACAUAGCUCUGGGCGUAUUUGGCUUUGGCUGUGAAGAUGCUCUCACUCAUUUACUCAAUCAUGUGUGGCCCAAUGUUUUUGAGUCAUCCCCUCACGUGGUCCAAGCUUUCAUGUCAUCUAUAGAGGGCAUGAGAGUAGGACUGGGCCCUUCCAGAGUGUUGCAAUAUGCCCUACAGGGAUUGUUCCACCCAGCUAGGAAAGUGCGAGACGUCUACUGGAAGGUGUAUAACACAGUCUAUAUAGGAGCCCAGGACUCCAUGAUACCAGCAUACCCUCGUGUUUAUAAUGACGACAAAAACAAUUAUCUCAGAUAUGAACUGGAUUACAUGUUGUAGUACAUAGUCGGAUUUGAAACAAUGAAACAUUUUAGACAUUGUAAAUAUAAUAGACUCAAUGUGUGCACUAAGAUGUACAUUUGGUAAUGAACACUUUUAAAUAUGAUAUAUUUUCUAUGUACUCUAAUGUUGUUCAUCUUGGUUUCCUAAAACUACACAAUGGGCAGAGUCUAGUUCUAAACUACAUGUAGGGUAUAACUUCACCUUUGGUAGAGAAGUACAUACAUGUACUAUUAGUGUUGAGACAAUUCUAUUGGCAUGCAGCAGUCUUGUUUACUUGGGUAAAACAAUGUGUAACCCCUAAAUUUAAAAUACUUUCAUAUAGUUUGUAGGUACAAUGAACUUACAUCAAAGUCCUGUUGUGUGUAAAAGUAAAGGCGAAGGGAUAAAAAAAAUAUUAAAACUCCAAAAACAAAACAGUUCUAAUUCAGACAAAUUCAGUUAUGAAAUGAUUAGAAUAACCCUGUAUAUCAUGAAGGUGAUUUGAAAAUUAACAAGGCUUUUGAAAAAUAUGAAUUGUUAUUGAUGAACGAUACCUGGUUGCUAUAAUAUUUAAGGAUGAACCGUCAAUAUCCAAAUUUCUUAUGUCAACUGAUAUUGAGCUAAUUAAAAUGCUGUGGAAAAGGCUCCAUUGAACUUUUACAAGCGUAUCACUUUUGUGCACCUAACAAAUGAAUAUUUUUGUUAGAAGUAUAUCAUCUAUGUGAACAGAAAAACUUUUAAUUUGGAAUGUUCAUUUUUUUAAAAAUAUUAUUUUGACCUGUAUAUCAUCUAUGUCAACAAAAUAUCUUUGAAUUUGGAAUGUUCAUUUUUUAAAAAAAUAUUAUUUUGACCCCGUAUUUAAUCCUCAUCACAAAUCAUGGUAAAAUUAUUGUAUUUUGAAAAUGUAUUUCCCAGACUUAAAAAAAUAAAUACUAGAUUUUGUAAAGAA